GAAGAUAUUUUUUCAUUUUUCGGUCGGGUAAUCGGCCGGGCGCCGAAUUUUCGGAGCGAGAAGAAGGAAGAGAGGGAAAGAAAGAGAGACAGAGCAGGUGGAAGAGCGGUUCUGGAGCAGAAACUGGUUUGGUGGGAGCCGACUGGCGAGAGGCGGCUUCGGUAUAAGCACCGUGGCACGUUGUCUCGUCGCGAGAGAUGUAUAUAUUUAUUUGCGCGAGUGGCGGGAGUCCCCCGAAGAGGGAAGCCGGUGGGGCCGACAAGUGAUCGUUUACAGUUAUAGUCAGUCCGCAUCGGGCGCUCGGCCGGCCCUGACCGUAUCGGCGUUGUACACGGGCUGAUAAGGUUGUUCCCUUUGCAUUUUCCCUUUUCGUCUUUUUUUCGACAAUUUUUCCCCAGGUGCGAAAUAACGAGUGUGCUCCGGGUGAAUCCCUGCACUUUCUCUUCUGAGUUCCCUUAUAGGAAUCGACUUUCGAGCUCUCAAUAGGGAUUUUUUAUUGUAAUAAUAAAUAAUAAAUAUAUUCGUCGCGAGAAAAAAGAUCGAGUAGUGGAUUUCAGUGGCCAGGAUUUGAAUAAGUGUCGAGAGUGCGAAAGGAAAAGUGUAAGAAACGCGAAAAGAGUUCGCGCUGACGUUGCUGCACGCACUUCUCUCAUCGCUUCUCUAACGCGCACGAGACACGACUGAUGGAGAAUAAUCGGCCGACGAGAAGGACCGAGCUGUGAUUUUGAUCAGAAUAAUGCGAAGCCUGGAUAGGCUAUCGGGUAGCGACCAAGACUGCGGUGAUCGGGAAAUGUACAUCGACCUGGACGACGCUUCCGUCGACUCGCUUACCGGGAAACGUAGUCGCCAUCAUGUCGGCGCGGAGAUGGGCGAGGACAGCGACAGCAGCGGAAGCGAAAGGAGUCCGAAGCAGGCAAAGAGGAGAAACCGCGGCGGCGCACCGCCGACCACGAGGAGACGGAAAAGCGGAAUUUCCGCGCGCGAGAGGAAUUUGAGGAGGCUCGAGAGCAACGAGAGAGAGAGGAUGAGAAUGCACUCGCUUAACGAUGCUUUCGAGCAAUUACGCGAGGUAAUACCACACGUGAAAAUGGAGAGGAAGCUCAGCAAGAUCGAAACGCUCACGCUGGCGAAAAAUUACAUAAUGGCACUGACGAAUGUCAUAUGUGAGAUGCGCGGCGAGGAACAACCGUACACGUUUGUCGACGGUGAAUGCGGUUCCAGCAGCGGCGACAGCACCGGCCAAUUAGAAUUAAGCGGGGGCGAGCAACCUGAUGAGUCGUCGCCCGCAUCGAUCCACGAAAACAACAACAGCCUACUUCACGAGGAUCUAGAACGCAGGAUCUAAGGAAGUUCGAUCUUAAGCGACAAUGUCGAGACAUGUGUUACAUAUAUGUAUACACACAGACUCUGUGAUA